AUGUGAAAGAAGUUUAAUUGUAGACUUAAUGGAGCAAUAUUGUAGAUUUUUGAUGAUAGUAUAAGUGAAAGGCUAUUGGAUGACAGAGCAAGUCGAUGUAAUCAAAGCAUACAGUGUAUGUAAUACUAUUUACAAUAACGGGUAUUAUCUUAUAUUUAUUGAUAAUAUCUAAAUUUGUGCAUACAAGAGUUUCAGCUGCAUGUAGAAACGGAUACAAACAGCUAAAAGUUAACCUUCAUUGUGUAAAAGGAAUUAAUUUACCAUGCAGCAAUAUAACGUAACUUUUAAAUAUUAAUACGUACGUAUGAUAACCCCCAAAUUGAUAAUACGAUGGCUACAGGAAAACGAAGAGGCAUGCAUUCAUCAUCCGGUAGCUCCGCGAUGUUCGGAUCAUCGGCUAGUAAUUUAAGGUCGAGUCGUCUAAAUUUUCGUCCAAAUUCAAGCCAAGAAGACAGAGGCGGAACUCGACCAACAGCUGCUCCAAGCUCCAUAGGUCUCAUACUUGUAACGAUGUUUUUACAUGUUUGUAAAAAAUCUCUACUCUUUGAUACAAGACUCAAAGUUACUAUAUAUUGUGGUGCGAUAUUUGUAGUAUCACUAAUAGCAGAUUUUAUCGCUAUGCCAAGAACUUAUUUUUCACGUUCAGAUAACGCUCUUAAUCAAUAUUUUGUGAAAUGGGGAUGGGGAUGGUUAUUGAGUGUAACUGUUCCAUGGGUUGCAUUAACUGCACAUACAAUUGGCUGUGGUCGUAGAUCAAUUCUAUUAAAACAUCUUGCUAGAUUGGGAUUAGCUACAAUUGCGUGGAUAUUAUGGAUAAAAUUAUUUAAUUAUAUUGAAACCAAUUAUGGUCGAUGUCUUAGUACAAAAGAUAUACAAUUACAGACAAAAGCAAAAUGUCUUCAAUCUGGUAAAUUUUGGAGUGGUUUUGAUAUAUCUGGACAUACAUUUAUUCUUAUGUAUUCAAGCUUAAUUCUAGCAGAAGAAGGUUCUUCAUUGGUUGGAUGGGAAGGUAUAAAGGAUUUAAUUAUGCGCGAAGAACAUUCGCGAAUUACCCCAAAUGAACCUAAUACUGGACCGCUUCGAAAUCUUUCGAAUUCUGAUUUGGAAUUUUUAAAAAAAGCACAUAAAGCACUUACGCCCUAUUUAAGAGGUCUUUUUGUUGCAAUGACAUUGCAACAAUUACUUUGGGAUACUAUGUUAAUAUCUACAAUGCUCUAUUAUCAUAUUAUGAUAGAAAAAUUUCUUGGAGGUGUAGCCGCCGUUUUAACAUGGUACAUUACGUAUCAAUGGUGGUAUAAAUCUUCAAAAAGCACAUUGCCUGCACCUGGCGAUGGUUUAUUCAAAUAUAAUGAGGUAAAAACCCAUGACAAUAAUUUAAUUAGAUCGAGACGUAGUACAUUAAAUGGUACUAAUAGAUUUAUGGGACUUCCUAUUCGUACGAGUCAGGAAAAUAUCGAUAGCGGUAUUAAUAGGCAAUCAGAUUCCGAAAUAACUGUUCUGAGAACAUAACAAAAAUUCUAGUUUUCACAUUUGAUAAUAGGAUUGAUCAAUAAUUCUAAUACUUAUGUAAUUUUUUUACAUGUAUAUAUAUUAAAUAUAAAAAUGUAAUAUCCUGA